CCAGCCGGCAGCCAAGCAGGUUCUUCCCCAGCAGGGAAGGGCAGGGCGACCGAAGCGGAGGGCAGAGGAGCGCGUUGGGGACGCUGUUAGAGAAGCCGAUCCGACCCGGCGCGCCCUGGUCAUGAAGAGCUCGGGAGGGGGCGGGGAGGCGCGUCUCUUGACCGCGAUCCUCUUCGCCCUGCACUUGCGGUUGGGUGCCGGCGCGUGCCCGUGUCAGGAUCCCGCGCUUUGCAAGCCUAUCUCAAGCCCCAGAGACUUUGAGGUCUUUGUAUUUGAUGUUGGUGGGAAGACAUGGAAAAAUUAUAAUUGGUCACUAAUUACAACAGUGGCCACGUUUGGAAAAUAUGACCCUGAGCUUAUGUGUUAUGCUCAUUCAAAAGGCUCCAGAGUAGUACUGAAAGGAGACAUAUCUGUGAAGAAAAUUAUUGAUCCUGCGGUUAGAGCAGCCUGGAUAAAUCAGCAGGUAGAUCUGGCCAGAACACAGUAUAUGGACGGAAUCAAUCUUGACAUUGAGCAAGAGAUUAACCCAUUGUCAGAGGAAUAUUAUGCAUUAACAGCUUUGGUUAAAGAAACCGCAGAUGCUUUUCACAAAGAAAUUCCAGGAUCCCAGGUAACUUUUGAUGUGGCUUGGUCUCCUGAAUGUAUAGAUAGAAGAUGUUACAACUAUACUGGGAUUGCUGACUCCUGUGAUUUUGUGUUUGUGAUGUCUUAUGAUGAGCAGAGUCAAGUGUGGUCACACUGCAUAGCAAGAGCCAAUGCUCCAUAUAACCAAACCUUAGCAGGUUAUGAUAAUUACAUUUUCAUGGGCAUUAACCAAAAGAAGUUGGUGAUGGGAGUUCCAUGGUAUGGCUAUGAUUAUACUUGUCAAAAUUUAUCAAAGACUCAUGAGUGCAUCCUUGAAAAAAUCCCUUUCCGGGGAGCUCCAUGUAGCGAUGCAGCAGGACGUCAGGUUCCUUAUAAAACAAUAAUGACUCAAGUGAAUAGUUCUCUUUCUGGGAUUCUGUGGGAUGAGGAACAAAAAGCACCAUAUUUGGAAUAUAAGGAUUCACAUGGUGGUUUUCAUCAAGUAUGGUUUGAUGAUCCCAGGAGUAUUUCUCUGAAAACUGCCUAUGUGAAAAAAUAUGGCCUGAGGGGUAUCGGAAUGUGGAAUGCAAAUUGUCUUGAAUAUUCUGGGAGUGUUGAAACACAACAAGAGACAGAAGAAAUGUGGGAUGCCUUGUUGCCAAAAUAAUAUUUCUGUGUACACUGCCAUUUUAAAUUUAAUCCUGUUUUAACUACGCACCAUUUGAGUUUUAAUUAUACUGUAUACACUUAAUCUAUUCUUGUCAACAAAUAAAAGUUGCAGAAUAUAUUCAGACCCCCUUUACUUUUGUCAGUUUUGUUAUGCUGCAGCCUGAUUCUACAGUUAUUGAAAUUCAUUUUUUUCUUAUUAAUAUACACUUAGUACCCCAUAAUGACAAUGAAAACAGAAUUUUAGAAAUGUCUAUAAAUUUAUUAAAAAGAAAAAACUGAAAUAUCCCAUUGGCAUAAGGAUUCAGACCCUUCACUCAGUAUUUUGUUGAAGCAUCUUUGGAAGCAAUUAUAGCCUUAAGUCUUUUGGGGUAUGAUGCAACAUGUUUUGCACACCUGGACUGGGGGAUUUUUUGUCAUUCUUCCUUGGAAGUCCUCUCAAGUUCAGUCAGAUUGGAUGGAGACCAUUGAUGGUCCCUCCAGAGAUGUUCUAUAGGAUUUAAGACAGGGCUCUGGCUGGGCCAUUCUAGGACAUUCACAGAGUUGUCCCUAAGUUGUCUUGGCAGUGGGAUCAUUGUCAUGUUGGAAAAUAAACCUUCAGCCCAGUCUGAGCACUGUGGAACAGCUUUUUAUUGAGGAUAUCGCUGUACUUCGCUCCAUUCAGCUUUCCUUCAAUCCUGACCAUUCUCCCAGUCCCUGCUGAAAAACACCCACACAGCAUGAUGCUUUAUUGUUGGGAUGGUACUAAGCAGGUGAUGAGCAGUGCCUGGUUUUGUCCAGACAUAAUGUUUAGAAUUGAAACCAAACAGUUCAAUCUUGGUUUCAUCAGACCAGAGAAUCUUGUUCCUCACAGUCUGAGAGUCCUUCAGGUGUUUUCUUGCAAACUCCAAGCCGGCUUUCAUGUGUUUUGCACUGAGGAGAGGCUUCCAUCUAGUCAUGCUGCCAUAAAGCCCAGAUCAGUGGAGGGUUGCAACAAUGGUUUACCUUCUGGAACUCUGUCCCAUCUCCACACAGGAAUUCUGGAACUCAGAGUGUCCAUCGGGUUCUUGGUCACCUCUCUUACUAAGGCCCUUCUCCCCCAAUUGCUCAGUUUGACCAGGCAAUCAGCUCUUGGAAGAGUCCUGGUUGUGCCAAACAUCUUCUAUUUAAGAAUUAUGGAGGCACUGUGCUCUUAGGAACCUGCAGUGCAGCAGAAAUUUUAUUGUAGCUUUCCCCAGAUCUGUGCUUUGCAAUAAAGUACAUAAAGUAUUAACAAAUUUUGUGAGGCCUUCUAUAGAGAGGUGUGUGCCUUUCCAAAUCAUGUCCAAUCAAUUUAAUUUACCACAGGUGAGCUCCAAACAAGGUGGAGAAACAUGUCAGUAAUGAUCAAAUGGGAGGCACCGGAGCUAAAUUUCAAGAGUUGUUGCAAAGGGCCUAAUACACUUACAGACAUUUCUAAAAUUCUGUUUUCACUUUGUCAUUAUGGGUACUGAGUGUAGAUAAAUGAGAAAAAUAAUGAAUUCCAACAAUUGUAGAAACAGGCUGCCGUAUAACAAAAUUGACAAAAGUGAAGAGGGUCUGAAUACUUUCUGAAUGCACUGUAAAUUUAACUUUCUUACAUUUGUUUGGUUUCUUCCAUCCAACUAGUUUGGGUUAUUAUAGCCAAUCCAUAUUCUGGUUGAUUAAUAUAACCCAAGAAUUAUGAAAGCCCUAAAAAUAAUUGAAUACCUUUGAAUAAUUGAUUUCUUUUUUCUAAUAACAAGUGUUCUUUUAUCAUCAUCUUCCAUCUCCAGCCUAAAGUUAUAGCAGAACUGAAGUGCUCCUGAAGUGCUUCCUAAUUUAAGCAGAUUUCUAAUCCAAACAACCCAGAUGUGACAUGAGGGAGAAGACUGAAUAACAAGCACCCGAAGUGUGAUGGGAGACAUAAAUAAUGUCAAAAAUCCUUUCAUUGAUCUUUAUUUGGCCAUCAGUAUUGUAUUCUCAAAGGCCUGAUUUCUACUAUCCUGAAAGAAAACUCAACUCUCUGAAUCCAGAAGGGUCUCCCAGCUAGACAAGCCCCAAACUAGAUCAAAAGGAAGAGUGGCCUAAUUUCUAUAGAUGCCUUAUGGGGUGUUUUAAACAGCUCUUUGAUGUAUUCCUUUUAGUAGCUAUUGAGUAUAUCAUAUUAGCAGUCAAAUGAAAAUAGUAAGCAGAGGACAUUGCUCAGAGGCCAUUUAGAGUCUAUCAUCAUCUGUUUUGUUUUUUUUUUUAACUCAGGUGAUAAACUGAAAGAUUGGAGUGGCAUAACAUGAAAGCUUUUCUUUGAACAGAUAUACAAAAUGGAAGGGAGAGAAGAAUAUUAAUGGUUAAUAUACUUCUUUAUGCCUUCAAGUUAGUAUGGAUUCUGACAACUAAAUGCUCAAGCAGGGGGUUUCCUGCUUGAACAGGGGGUUGGACUAGUAGAAGACAUCCAAGGUUCCUUUCAACUCUGUUGUUCUGUUCUGUUUUAUUCUCUGUAUGAAGUCUAUGCAGGGUUGUUUGGUUUUUUUUUUUUUUUUUUUACAUUUGCCAUAAGUGACUUGUCUUUGCCUUCUUUCUGUGGCUGAGAGAGAGUGACUGGCCCAAGGUCACUCAGCUGGCUUUGUGCCCAAGGCGGGGUUAGGACUCAGUCUCCCAUUUUCUAGCCUUGUGCCUUAACCAUUACACCAAAUCGACUUUCAUUUAUUAUAUAGUAAUAAUUAAAUGAACAAAAAUGUUGUGUUGUAGUUCCUCUCAAUGCCUUCUUUUGUAUAUAGUAAGCUUAUAUUGUAUUAUAAUGCAAUAUAAUUAUUGUAUUAUAAUAUUAUAUAUUGUUUUAUAAAAUUGCAUUUUAACUGAAGUACUUGAUUGUAUUCAAUUUAAUCUGAAAUAGAGCUUUUCUCUAAGUUUAAAGUUAUAUAUCCUUAGAAAGCAAAAGAAAGAAAGGUGCUAUUUGGUGCAAAUGAAGUUCACAUAAGAAAAAAAACUAUAUACAAUUUUCUGCAUUGUUACAACCAAAAAAUUUGCAAGAUUUCUUGUUUUAUAUAAGAAUAGAAAACAGAGAAUGUCUGGUUAAUAAUACUUUCCAUGAAAAUGAUAGUUAAGAUAAUUAUUUUUCCGUCACGUGAAGGUGAUUGAAUUCUAACCAUAGAUACCUAAACCUCUGAAUUACAUAAAGUAUUAACAAAUUUUGA